UUGCAGAAACAAACCGAGCGAAAUCAAGAACUUGUUCAUCAGCUGGGUUCCUAAUUGGCGUGACGAUGCCUUUGAGUGUGACUGAUGCCUUGCCAUGCUUCAGCGACUUCUUCUCUGUGCGUAUUUACUUCUCAUGCACAGUGGUCUGGCUCGAAACAAGCUUGAUGGGUUAAUUUGCUCAGGGGGUUUGCUUGCCAUGGAAGAUAAUUAAAGUUGUCGAUGGGAGAAGAUGGCGCAUGGCAGGAAGAAGUCGUAGACCUGUCUUUAUAAAAUGCACGGACCGAGCAAACGGUCCUAGUGGGUCGUGAACGUUGCCAUUUGCUUCCCUCUGCAGAGCUCAAAGACCCCAUUUUUUUUUAUCUCCCUGCUCUCUCUCUCUCUCUCUUCCCUUCUCCCCUGUUUCUUGCCAUCGAGCAGUACUGGGUUUUGAGUUGGACCGUCGAUGGGGAGAGCGCCGUGCUGCGACAAGGCCAACGUGAAGAGAGGGCCGUGGUCGCCGGAUGAGGACGUGGUUCUCCGGAGUUACAUGGAGAAGCAAGGCACCGGUGGCAACUGGAUUGCUCUGCCGCAGAAAGCAGGACUCAAUCGCUGCGGGAAGAGCUGCCGUUUGAGAUGGCUCAACUAUCUCAGGCCUGACAUCAAGCACGGCGGGUUCACAGAGGAAGAAGACAACAUCAUUUGCUCUCUUUACAGAAAACUAGGCAGCAGGUGGUCGAUCAUCGCCGGCCAUCUCCACGGAAGAACAGACAACGACGUGAAGAACUACUGGAACACCAAGCUGAAAAAGAAGCUGAUCAUGUCAAGUAACAACGAGGCCGUGAAGAAUCCGCCGUCUGCAACUCCACCGCCUGCUUUGCCCCACGCUGUCGCCGUCAGACCGGAGUCCAAGAACAACUACACCGCGGGUCCCAUCUCCAAGCUGUAUUCACCACCAUUGCCCUCCGAUCACUUCAGCUCCAUGAUUAACGAUCAAGAAGGCUCCGUGUCUUCGUCCACCAUCACAGCCGACGACGGCGGCGGCAGGGCCGUCGAGGAAGAUAUGCUGCUGUCGGAGUUUGACUUGGGAUUUCUGAGUGAGCUGCUGGGUGGUUACGGGGACGACGAGAAGCUGGGGGAGAUGCCGCCUCCUCUUGUUUGGACGCCUUCAGAGUUCAGAUAUUCUUAGCAACGGCGUGAGCUCCUGUUGAAGCUCAAUUAAUUAACAGAGUAGUUCUUGAUUAUAUCAGUGUACAUGUCUGGUUUUUUUUUUUCUUAAUUAAAUUUGAGGUUGUAUAUGGGAGAACCUCUGUGGUAGAAUGAUCAAUUAAUUGAGAAAUAUAGUCAGUCCCAAUAUCUCAUCUCCAUUUUAAAAUAUCUACAUAAAAUUCUUUACCACCAACAGUGCAGUAAAUUAAGCACAACAUGUACAGAGGAGUUGAGUUGAGCCACAAACUGGGCCUUCAAAAUCUCAUUCGUCCAUCCUGUUCCUCAUAUAUAUAAUCCAAUAACUCUUGACUAUUUUGUGGAUU